CCCAAUCCACGCGCCAAUUUCAGCAAAGGACAGACCUCCACGCGCAGGGCAAAUUCCUGACCACCCGUCCAUCUCGAGAGAAGAGACGCGAAGCGGCGACGUCAGAACCCUUGUCCGCCGCUGUUGUCUCCGGCGAGGCUUCCCGGAGUUGAUGCUACCUGAACCCGAGCUCCGUUGGUGCUGUUCUGGUUGUGACCAACAGGUGUCAGCGGUUUGAUUAAGGUUGUUACAGCAAGCAAGUAAGAACUACCCAACCACACUCACUUUUGCCUUCGAUGCUUAAAAAUCAAGGUAUGUUCUCAUUGACAAGAAAUUGCUUAAAAUAUCGUACUACCUACUUCAGGAGGAAUAUCCCAAAUGAAACCAUACUCUCCACACUCUCAUUUUGCCACAAAUUUCAUGACCCCAAUGAGAAAAAUUUACCCAAGAUUGUUUUUUUUUAUCACACCCACAAAUUUGACCGCUUUUCAUUCCAAAUCAACAGUAGUUGCAUUCAAUUCCCUGUUCCAUUUGCACCCUUUAAUUCACCCUAUUCAACUAAUGCUCCUUCGAGAUCUUACCGAAGACGAGCUAGAAAUAGGUUGUUGAAGUCCAGCAAGCCUACCUUAGACCAAGCCCAAUUUCAGUUGGCACUGUCCCAACUUCCCCCAAGGUUCACUACCGAAGAACUGUGCACUGUGAUUGGUCGACAAGAUAAUCCCUUGGUUUGCUUAGAACUAUUUCACUGGGCAUCUCAACAGCCACGAUUUCAGCACGAUGUGUCCACGUUUCAUGUCACCAUAAAGAAGCUUGGUACGGCAAAGAUGUUCCAAGAAAUGGAUGACAUUGUGAACCAAGUGAUUGCAGUUCCUUUAAUUGGUUCAGAGGCAUUGUUCAACACAGUUAUAUAUUAUUUCACUCAGGCACGGAAGCUUACUAGAGCUGUCAAUGUGUUUAAGCACAUGAAAAAUAAAAGGAAUUUAAUUUGCUGUUAUAGGCCUUCUAUUAGAACCUAUAAUAUUCUUUUUGCUGCAUUUUUGGGUAGAGGAAGCAACUCCUAUAUAAACCAUGUGUAUAUGGAAACAAUUAGAUGUCUGUUUAGGCAAAUGGUCAAUGAUGGGAUCAAGCCUGAUAUUUUUUCAUUGAAUUCUAUGAUCAAAGGUUACGUGCUAUCUCUUCAUGUUAAUGAUGCAUUGAGGAUAUUUCAUCAAAUGGGUGUGGUUUAUGAUUGUCAACCCAAUGCGUUGACAUAUGAUUGCUUGAUUCACGGCUUGUGUUCCCAGGGCAGAACAAAUAAUGCCAAAGAGUUAUUUAAUGAAAUGAAGACCAAAGGUUUUGUUCCUGGUAGUAAAUCUUAUAAUUCGCUUGUCAACUCUUUGGCGCUUGGUGGAGAGAUUGGGGAAGCAGUAAAUUAUCUGUGGGAGAUGACUGAUAAGCAAAGGUCACCUGAUUUUAUUACAUAUAGGACUGUACUGGAUGAGAUAUGUAGACAAGGAACAAUUCAGGAGGGCAUGAGUUUUUUACAGGAGUUGCAAGAAAAGGACCUUGUAGAUGGGCAUGCUUACAGGAAGCUUCUGUAUGUGCUUGAGGAUGACUAUGGGUAUUCGGGAAGCAGAAACAUGGGAAUUGAGUGAGCGGAAUUGACUCAGGCACUGUGAAUUCCCUUUCUCCUAUCAGUGUAGUUGGCUGUUUCCUUAGUUUGAAAGCCAAGAGUUAUUUUAAAAUGCAUGCUAUGUGCCAAUCAUCGUCUCUUUUUGAUGUGACAUGUAUUAUAUACUAAAGCACAUCCAAAUCAAGGUGCAAAGCCUUUGUGUGACUACCAGUUUUGAUCAUGUGGACUAUUCUUCUGAUAUCAGAAUAGGCUUUUCAGAAGGAGUAUCGAUGGUGGGAGUUAUUGAUGAGGUUUGGUUUUCAUUAACAGAGAAUGACCGCAAUCCUAUACUAAUUGGCACAAAGACUCGUUCUCGAGAUAAUCUUCCCACUGAACCAUAGGAAGAAAUGGAAGUUUCGCUUAUUCUUCUGCCCUUUCAUUUCAUUACGUUGGAUAUGAAAUGACAUCUUAAUUUGUUCUAUAUGGUGAUCUUAUUUUUAGCAGUCUUCAAUUGAUAUGGAACAAGUAUUUGUGGGAGAAUUUGGUUGCUGAUGAUUUCCCGUCUAAUUUAUUUUAAACUUAUUUUGGUUUAAACCCUUCAACAUAAUCAAUUUGAAGAUCUAAAAUCGACUGGUACUGAUUUUGGAUUGUCUGCCUUGGUAAGUGCUGGAUAUGUGUGUUUGACCAUAGAAUCAAUGUUGCCAACCAAAGGGAACAUCUUAUUCCACUCCUAUCCAGUAUGCAGACUCGUCAAACACAACCAAACAUCUAUUUUGAAGGUGCAUUUGGUUUUAGACAUGUAUGUUUUUAUUUUACUUUAUGAUAAUAAUGAUGAUUUGUCAUUUUGUUGAACAUUAUUCAUUCCUUCAAGCUUUCUACUGUUUUAUUUAUUUUAUUUGAACCAUAAUUUUUUGUGUGUACAUUAUUUCUGUGUUUUGACCUUCUGUUUUACUUAGUAAGCCUGUUACUUGUGUUGCGUUUACCUUUUGUGAAACAGGAAGCCCAACAAUAUAAAAUUUUGUACAUUGGGCUUUACCUACUCACAAAAUUUUGUGAAACAGGAAGUCUAACAAUAUAAAAUGUUAGACUCCACUUGUGUCUAUUGCUUUAUGAAAAUAUCUUUUGUUCUUAUUUGAUACUUUAAAAGCCAUUUGGAAUUUUUAAACAUUUCAUGAGCAAAGGGUAUGUAACGCAAUUUAGUUCAUAGAUAAUUAUACAGCUUGUUGUUUGAUUCACAGAGGAACAUUGCAGUGUUGUUUGAUUCAUGAAACGUACCUUGUUGUUCACAGAAUCUUAAUAAUUAUAUAGCUUUUUUAUUCUUUUAUCACACAGAAAACUGAGUUGGCAUACAUGAUGAAGUUAUAUAAUGCAUUCAUGAAAACAACUAUUUUCUUCACUGAUUGAAAUUUCUAACAACCUUACAUCAUAUGAUUAAUCUCUAAUUUAUUUUCUUCCUCAAUUUUUGAGUUCUGAAGAUGGCAUAUGAAUUGAACGAUAUUUUAAGUGGUGUUAUCAGCUUAACAACAUGGGAAAAGGUCAUGUCUGCAUAUGGAGGAGAACCAGAGUCUUUCCUUAACAAUGCUGUCACACCAAUAUAAGAAAGGUACUAUACAAAACUUAGAACCAAACCAAAACCAGAUGUCAAGAAUGAUCUUGAUAGGUCACCUAGUAAAACAAGAGAAGAAAAAGAGAGAAAAGAGGGAUGAAGAAGAACCAGAGGUGAUUAUGAGAUUCUCAGAUGCAUUAUACUUCAGAUUUUGUAUCAGCAAAUUUGAACCAUUAAACUAAAGUUAUAUUUUGUUUCUCAAACAUCUGUUGUUAAUCAUAAUUAUAUAUAGAUACUGCUGUUUAUUUA